AUGUCGAAGGAGAAGGCGAUCGCGAAGGACUUCGAGGAUUUACGGAAACUUCUACUUAAAGGUAUAGAAGCGUUAUCUACUCCUUCGUCGUAUCUUCUCGUUCCUAAGGGUACUCCGGAAGAAUUAGGAGCGGUCUUCUCAAUACCGAUCUCUUUGUAG